AUGAGCUUCUUUGACCCACAGUCGCACUCCCCUCCACGCUGCAGCCCACAGUUCCCAAAUAUCGGCCAAGAGCCUCCGGAGAUGAAUAUCUACUACGAGAACUUCUUCCAUCCGCAGAACGUCCCGAGUCCCCAGCGACCGAGCACCUUUGAGACGACAGAUUACAGCAGCACUCCCAAUCCUUACCUCUGGCUAAAUGGACCUUCCAUCACCCCCCCACCGUACCUGCCGGGCUCCAACGCCAGCCCCUUCAUCCCGCAGUCGUACGGGAUGCAGAGGCAGCUCUUGCCCAACAUGCACGGCUUGGGAGGAACCGACCUUGGCUGGCUUCCCCUCCCGUCCCAAGAGGAGCUCAUGAAGUUGGUGAGACCGCCUUACUCCUACUCUGCCCUCAUUGCCAUGGCCAUCCACGGGGCACCUGACAAGAGGCUGACUCUGAGCCAGAUCUACCAGUACGUGGCUGACAACUUCCCGUUCUACAACAAAAGCAAAGCUGGCUGGCAGAAUUCCAUACGGCACAACUUGUCUCUCAACGACUGCUUCAAGAAGGUGCCUCGAGAUGAAGAUGAUCCAGGAAAAGGGAAUUACUGGACUCUGGACCCGAACUGUGAGAAGAUGUUUGACAAUGGAAACUUUCGCAGGAAGCGGAAGAGAAAGUCUGACAUUGAGGCCAGUGCUGCUGCUCUUGCGUCUGAAAAAUCCGAGGACAGUACCCUGACUGGCAGCCCCAAAGCUGCAGAGCAUCAGGAUAUCUUGGAAAACUCAUCACCUGGGACUGACAAUUCACCUGAGAAAGGAUCUCCUCCUCCCUCCUCCAGCAGCCCGUGCCUCAGUAACUUCCUCUCCAGCAUGACCGCCUACGUCCACGGCUCCAGCUCGGGGAGCCGCUCCGGCCCCGUGGGACUCAGCUCUGAGCCCAUUGACAAAAUGGGGCAGAACAUGGUAGGCUUCAAUUCCUACUCCCCACUCUCCAGUAUUCCCAGCCAUGGUGUGGGAGACUGGUCCAAUUCCAUGCCUUCCAGUCACCUUGGCCACAGCAACUCGGUGCUCAACCAGUUUAACACCCAUUUUUACAGCAGCCUCAGCACAAACAACACCCUGUACUCCAGGGAAGGGACAGAGGUUUAAAUGAAGGAUUCUAGGACACUAAAGGAUAGUUAUUUAUGAGAGGAAACGAUCCAAGGGCAGGUGAUCAGCAUUAGCCUCUUGUCUCUAGGACCACACUGCAUCCUCCUCCUGACAGCCACAAACUUGUUACCCAUUAUACUGAAAUCACAAACACUCCACAUUCAGCAGCUGCACGUGGAAAAUCAGGGAUACUAAGAGGAAGAAUAGUGAAAAGUUCUCCUUAGACACUGCUUGUACAGCUGCCAGCCAGGGUCCUCGACAGAAGUCCUUGAGAAGUUAGUUUGCCUUAGGCAGGAGGCUCUUUCUGGCGUGGCAUUAACAUUGCUGUGCUUUUUAAAGUGAUAACAGAAAUGUGGUGGUACCUCUAAAUAUCCUGUCUUCAAGUCCAGGCUGCCUGUACUAAAUGCUCAGCGAGUUCUUAUUUGGCCAAAGCUCUCCUGAACACUGCAGGAUCCAUAAUAAAAACCCCUGUAUAGUGACUAACUACCAACACUUGAAUGGUGAGUGCUGCCUUUGGCUUUCUCUCAUGCCAGUGCAGACCUUGUCCAAAGCUUGACCCCCUUCCAGUCCUAGGGGGAAUGUGGCUGUGCAGCAAACUGACAUCAUCAUCAUGGACACAACAGGGAUUUUGAAGCUGCAGGGAAGCAUAACAAAAUACACGGGAAUUGUCUUCUGCUGUUGGAUCUUUGUGCUUUCAAUUCUAAUUACAGGGUCAAUUUUAUUCCUUACACAUGUAACUCUAGUCACAUAAGGGAAACAGGAUCUGUCCUGAAUAUAUAAAUAUAUAUGUUUAAGACAUGUUUUUUUCUAAGAAGAAAACACAUUUGUUAUAUCUUAACUUUCUAUGUGAAUUAUUUCUACUGAA